UUGACUCUGUCAAGAAGAUACAAAAAAAUCAAUCUAAAAACCAAGAAAAUAAAUAAAACGUUCAUUGAAGCUUGACCGAACUCAAAAUCAGAUUCGAGAUGAGCGACGACGGAGGGAAACCGGCGCCGGCGAGACUAGGCGACGAGCAAUUAGCGGAGCUUCGGGAGAUAUUCCGAUCAUUUGACCAGAACAAGGAUGGGAGUUUGACGGAGCUCGAGUUAGGCUCACUCCUAAGAUCUCUCGGUUUAAAGCCGAGUCAAGACCAGCUCGACACCUUGAUCCAUAAAGCAGAUCGGAACAACAACGGUCUGGUCGAGUUUUCCGAGUUCGUCGCUCUCGUCGAGCCGGAUCUGGUAAAGUGUCCUUACACGGAUGAACAGCUCAAAGCCAUCUUCAAAAUGUUCGAUCGCGACGGAAACGGUUACAUAACGGCGGCGGAGCUAGCGCACUCGAUGGCGAAGCUAGGUCAUGCGUUGACGGCGGAGGAGUUAACCGGGAUGAUCAAGGAAGCAGAUCGAGACGGCGACGGUUGUAUCGAUUUCCAAGAGUUUGUUCAGGCGAUUACUUCAGCUGCAUUUGAUAAUGCUUGGGGUUGAAGAAACAAAGGUACAUAUAAAUAUGAAAAAUAGUUUGAAAUAUUUGUUUUUUGUUUUUUGUUUUUUGUUUUUUGUUUUUGGCUUCAUCCUCAAAUCAAAGACAUUUUGGAAGUAUAUGUGUGUAGUAGUAGGCGUGAUGAUUCCAAGGAAAGACAAUAUUUGUGUUGUUCACAAUUUUCAUAUAUUCUUUGAUGAAAUUUCGAUAGCUUGAAGAGAAAGCUAUUAUUGUUGGUUA